ACUUGAGAUCGCAGGCUUGCCGCCACGUCACCACCUCCCCUCGAAGCUCCAGAAGUCCAGACCACACGUGCGCCGCCGCCGCUCGCCGGGUUCGCGGUGAGCUGCCGUCCGCGACACGAGUCACCUCUCCCCGGAGCGCGGACGUAGCAUGGCGCUCCUGUGCUCCGCCUCCGCGCGGCCGUCGGCGCCGACCGCCGCCGGAGCCCGGGGCCGCCGUCCCGCGCGGCGGAGGGCCGCGGCCGGCGCGGAGGCGCGCGCGUCGCUGGUGCUGGCGCUCGCCACGCAGGCCCUCGCCGCCUCGCAGCGCCGCGCGGCCGACCUCGCCGCCGAGGCCGUCAAGUACGCCUUCCCCUCCCGCCGCUUCGAGCCCCGCACCCUCGAGGAGGCCCUCAUGUCUGUGCCCGAUCUCGAGACCGUGCCCUUCCGCGUCCUGAAGCGCGAGGCGGAGUACGAGAUCAGAGAAGUGGAGUCCUACUAUGUUGCUGAGACGACGAUGCCCGGAAGAACUGGAUUCGAUUUCAAUGGAUCAUCCCAGUCGUUCAAUGUGCUGGCAUCUUACUUAUUUGGUAAGAACACGAAUUCUGAGCAAAUGGAAAUGACAACCCCUGUGUUUACUCGGAAGGGUGAACCCAAUGGCGAAAAGAUGGACAUGACCACCCCAGUUAUAACAAGGAAGUCAGCUAAUGAAAACAAGUGGAAGAUGUCCUUUGUGCUGCCAUCAAAAUAUGGUCCAGACUUGCCAGUGCCAAAAGACCCUUCUGUGACCAUCAAGGAAGUGCCCUCCAAAAUUGUAGCAGUUGCAGCAUUUUCAGGUUUGGUUACUGAUGAUGACAUAAGUAAGAGGGAAUCCAGAUUGCGGGAAGCUCUCCAGAAAGACACCCAAUUUCAGGUGAAAGAUGAUUCAGUGGUGGAAAUCGCUCAGUAUAAUCCUCCCUUCACACUUCCGUUUACAAGGCGUAAUGAAAUAGCAUUGGAGGUUAAGAGGCUUGAUGCAAACUUUUGAUGACCUUUAUCGACAAAUAAGUUAGAUUUCAGUGUAUAGCAAAUGUACACAAAUACAAAUUUAGAAUUCCAAUCUUCCCUUUGCUCGUAUUGUAUAUAAAUUUGUAUACCAUGUAUCGCACACAGAUCUUACCUGAUUGUAAAAUUGAGUGUUAAAAUAUCAUAAGUUCAUUUUCAUACCUUAAUUUGUGGUAUGGUAUUUAUAGUG